CGCCGAAGGGAGCAGCAAAGUCUUGUCCAGAGUUGAUUGAAGAAGAAGAAAAACCCGGAAGUGAGCAAGACUCCGCUCAGUUCUGCGACGCCAUCUCGGCUUCUAAACAUCCCUCUGCUGCUCAUGGCCAGUGGACAGAAGCCACACCCCCCUGGCGUUAAAGAGGAGGAGGAGGAGCCACACAUCAGUCCGUGUGGUCCAGGCCUGCAGGUAGAUGCCGACAUCAGCACUUUCCCUUUCACUAUCGUGCUGGUCAAGUGUGAGGAGGUGGACCACGCUCCGCCCUCACAUCUUCACCACCCUGCAAGGGGGGCGGAGCCGCUUAGUGGUCAGGUGACAACACCAGCAUCCUUAGGGGCGGAGCCUAUAAGUGUAUCUGUGAGUGGUGAGGUGAGAAGAGAGGGACAAAUGGCCGACAUGUGGCAGUCCUCUGAGAGCGAGGACGAGGCCGGCAAGGACGGUCACUUGCAGCCGGGCGAGAAGAAGCUAAGCUGCUCGGAAUGUGCCGGCUGCUUUGGCGACAAGAGCAUCCUGAAGCGCCACAUGAAGCGCCACACCGGGGAGAAACCCUUCCCCUGCUCAGUUUGCAGCAAGCGCUUCAGCCGCAGGGACUGCUUGCUCUCCCACAUGAGGUGCCACGCCCCGGACAAACCUUUCAGCUGCUCUGUGUGCGGCCAGAUGUUCCGUCACCGGCAGAACCUGCUGUCUCACCUCAAAUGUCACAUCGGGGAGAAACCCUUCAGCUGCGCACUGUGCGGAGGAGCCUUCUCCACCAAGGCACAUUUGAAGAGGCACGCCAGGACGCACACCGGGGAGAAACCUUAUCUCUGCUCCGUGUGCGACAAGAGGUUCUCCGCCAAGGGGAACGUCUUGCUGCACAUGAGGACUCACACGGGGGAGAAGCCUUUUUCUUGCACCAUUUGCGGCGGGACAUUUUCCACCAAGACACAUUUGACCAGGCACACCAGGACGCACACCGGGGAGAAACCUUUCCCUUGCUCGGUGUGCGGGCAAAGGUUCUCGCUGAAGGAAAACAUGACCACGCACCUGAAAAAACACGGCAGGGAGCCCUGCAUUUCUUGCCCCGCCUGCCCACAGACUUUCUCCGACAAGAAAGAAAUGGCGGCGCACAGAAGAAGGCACGCGGCGGAGAAGGCCUUCGCCUGCUCGCUGUGCGCCAAGAGCUUCUCCAGCAAGGGCAACAUGACGGCACACCUCCGAGCGCACAGCGGGGAUAAACCUUUCGCCUGCUCGCUGUGCCACAAGCGCUUCUCCAUAAAGGGGGACAUGAUGAGGCACCAGAGAACACACACCGGGGAGAAACCCUUUGGCUGCGCCGCCUGCCACAAGCGAUUCACUCGAAAGUGCCACGUCAGCAAACACAGGUGUGCUGCUGGACAAACAUGAAGGACCACUUCUUUGAUAUCGUGAUUUUAUUGAUGUCCAGUAUCAUGUGUUUACACCUAGUACAGAAGUACUUCUCAUGUCCUGUAUUACAUGUCUACUACUACACGAUGCACAGGCAGGAAAACAGUUGACACUCGGCUUAAUGCUUACACGCGCAGCUGCACACUGACUACUCUACUCUUCACUGUUUCAUUUGACUUGAUAAACUUUCACUUUUCAGGAGAAUGAAUAUUAUUAUUUGUGUACUACACUAAUAGUAGUAUUUCAAGAGGAGGCAUCUUCGUUCAACCAUGAGGCGCUCUCUAAAAUGCCUUUGAAACAUGAGACAUUGCAAGAAAACAUCCGGAAGUAGAAAAAUAAUAUAUAUAUAUACUUGGUGUAAUAACAUGUAUUUAAGAUGUAAACAUAAAUGGAUGUUUAUUUGCAAAUACAUUAAUAUUUGUCACUCAGGGUAA